AUGGUGCUCCGGCGACACUUUCAACAAUGUAGGGAUGAAGGCUUUCAGGCAACCAGGAAACUGGAGUUCCAGAGGGCCAAUGCUGAGUACAAGUACAAGUCAAACUGCCAAAAAGACCUCAUGACUCAGUUUCUGUCAGCAAGUAACGGUGUUGAAAUAUACACAGAUGACUCUAAAGACAGUAACUUAGUAGGUGCUGCGUACUGCAUCUUUCUGAUGGAGUGCAAGUUAUACUGUCAGUCAGUCAGAUUAAACGAGAAGGCAUCUGUGUUCCAGGUGGAACUGGUGGCCCUAGAGGAGGCAUCUCAGUGGAUCCUACAUCUGGAUCCAGAGCUGGACACGGUUUACUCAGAUAGCCAGUCGUUGCUUCAGGCCCGAGCGAUGGGUACCACAGAGACAAGUUGGUACAGGAAAUCAAAGAAAGUAAAUACUUGUCCAGUGGAUAGGUUACCUUUCAUGUUAAUUCUUGUGAGAGAAAAAUUGCAAGGAACUAUUGUUCGAAGGAUCCCAGCUAAUGGCUGGAAAUCAAUGAACUCAUGGUUAGAGCAACAAGAUGACGACGAUGAAAGUGAUUUAACAUAUUGUGAAGUGUGUGGACAAUGCAACCAAGAAGAUCGUCUUCUUUUGUGUGACAGUUGUGACUUAGGCUAUCACUGUGAAUGUUUGGACCCUCCAUUGGAGAAUAUUCCUGUUGGUGAAUGGUUCUGUCCAAACUGUGAUACAAGAGGUUUAGAUGAAUAUAAAAUAUCAUCAAAUGCAUGUAUUAAGUCAUCAUCAUCAAAUUUUACCAACAGAGAAAAAAAUAGGAAUGUGAGAAAGAACAAAAGAAAUCGCGUAUUUUUAAAUUUUCAUGUUAGGGAUCGUAGAACGCCACAAGUUAUUACUGAAGAAUCACCAUUAAUUACAUCUGUAACAAAAAGAAGAUUUGCUCAUCGUCUAGGUUUGCAAAGAACUGCUCAUGGUAUUCUUCAGAGCACUGGUUUAAAUUAUUCCACUUUUGCAGACACUGAACAGUUUCAAGAUGAAGAUGCUUCAUAUGAUAGCAGUAGCAGUGAUGAGACUUAUUUAUUCGAUAGUACUCAUGGUUGCACAUCGUAUAAUAAUAGACAAACUAUGCCACAUAUUAAUCCUUCUCCUGCAAAAUCUUCAUCAAGAUUAAGGAUCAGAGUGCCUUCACCUCAAGUCAGUCAUCAAAACAUUUUAAAUGAGAUUCUCCAAACACAAUCUUUGUUGCAUUCAAAUUCUCAAAACAUUAAAAUAGAGAAAGAUGGUUCUUUAACAUUGAAAUCUUCUGAAUAUACUCAACAAAGACCACAGAAUCCUUUGCAACAAUCUACUUCGACUGACAAAAGUAAAACUAUACCAUCUUGUUCAUCUGAAUCAUCUAGAUCUGAGUCAAGGCUUAAUCAAUGGUAUGGAACUUAUCAAGCAAAUAGAGACUCUGUCACAAAUGCAAGCCAUUCUGGAAACUGUUAUGAAGAUCAGCGAUCUGGACAUCAUUCAAGCAUUAUUUGUGGAGAUAAGAAGAAAGAAUAUCAUCAGUCUAUAAGAUCGAAAGAUGCAAAAUCUCAAAGUGAAGAUGAAGUAGAUAUUUAUAGUGAUAUAGAAUCUUUAGGAGAUGAUAUCAUUGAUGAUGAAAUAGAUGUUUCUACUAAUGAACAAUGUAGCAUUGCAAAUGUUUAUAGAUGUGAUUUACAACUUGAUAAUAUGGAGGAUGAUAGAGAUUCCAGUGAAAAUGAACUUAUAAUUGAUGAAGAUGCAAAAGAAGAAGAUAGUCAAAGUGUUGAAUGGAAUGAAGAUAACAGCAGAUGCAGCCCAGAAGAAGAAAAUAGUCAAAACGAUUUUAUAUUAAAACAAAAUAAAUUGAAAUUUGAAACAUCAGGAUGUAGUAACACCAAUAUUGAGAACUGUGAAUUUUCUAAAAUUACAAACUUUCCAUCCCAAAAUGUUUGUGAAGAUAAAAAUUAUGACUCCCCAAAUAGUGGAAAUGUUUCAUCAGAAGAGAUUUUGAAUGAUGAUGACGAUGAUGAAACAAUCAAUGAUGAUGAACCACUUGAAAAUAUGGAACAUGAAUAUGCUUCUUUGGAAGAUGAUGAUGAAAAAUCUAAUAAAAUUGAAACUGAAGAUAAUUUAUUAUUAAGUAAUGAUAAGACUCAGAAACCAGAUUUAGAAGUGAAUUUACCUUCAGUAAAUAAUGAAGAAAUUAAUAAAAUUAAUGAAGAAGAAAGUUUAUCUUCUAUAAGUAAUGAACAAAUCAGUGUGGAAGAUAGCUUGUCUUCUGUUACAAAUGAACAAAUUCAUAAACUGCAUGAAGAAGAUAGCUUAUCUGUAAGUGACGAAGUAACUGAGAAAAAGUUUUCUGAAGUAGAACAUCAGGACUUUGACAGAUUAAACAAAGUUGACUUUCUUCCAGAGAGUAAUAAUUUUUCAAAAAACUUAAAUAUUUUAACAAGAUGUGAAGAAAGUAGCCACUUAAUUGAUAGUAGGAUAGAUGAAAGUGAUGAAAGCAUCAGCAAUGGCGAUGACUAUUAUGCAAUCAAAAAAUGUUUAGACAUAAGUGACACAACAGAUAAUCAAGAUCUCAGUAAAAGAGAUUUGGAUGUUAAUCAAAGUGAUAGUUUAUCUGAAUUUAAUUCCUUUUGUAAAAGUCCUGAAAAUAACAAUCAAAGCACGGUUGUUAAUAAAAUAAAUAUUGAGGAUGGUGAAAAUGAAAGUCAGGAUGAUAAUAUAAAUAAUGUGAAAGAUAGUGAACUUGAUCGCAAAUUUAAAUCAGAGUUAGCCAAUUAUAAAAAUAAUGAAUCUUUCCUUAACUCUGAUGAAAAUAAAUGCUUGACAAUUAAUGAAAAACUCAGUAAGGAAAAUAUUGAGGAAAAUGAGAAUACCUCUAAAACCACAACACAUUCCAUUUUACCUGCAGAAGAUGUUGAAGAUAUUUCUGAAGAUGGAAGUGAUGAUACAAAAUUUAAAGAUGGGAGUGACGACUGGGAAAUUGAUCAAGUAUAUGAUGAAAAAAUGGAUGAUACUUCUCAUCAUUAUGAAGUGAGUGAAAAACAGUUUGAAGAAGUUGAAGAGAGAGUGGCAAAGCUGUUUGGAAGUGAGUACUCUGAACAAGUUCAAGAUAAAGAUAAACAGGAUGAUAUGAUUUAUCAUGGUAUAAAAGAUUAUACUGGAACAAAAUCUCAUUCAUAUGAAGAUGAAAGAGAAGAAGGAGAAAUUGUUGAAGAAGUGCCUAUCAUAACUCAUAGAAGUAGAAGUCGAAAGCUACACCAUAGAGAUUCAACCCAUCAAGAAGAAUUAGAAGAUUAUGGUGAUCAUGCUCCAAGAAUCAAUAUUUCUGAUUUACCAAGAAUUCCAAAGAUUAAGAGGGAAAAUAAAGCUGACAUCCCUGAAGAAACAAAUGUAGAUCCAAAAAGAACAAGUGUGCUGAGUAGAGUUGAUUCUGGAAACAUUAAUGAAAUCAGUUGGAAAAAGCUAUCAAGGAGUACAAGAGAAAGAAGUUAUAGAGAUGGACGACCUAAAGACAAUAAAUUAUUGUUUCGUGAAAGAGAAAUUAAACAGAAACUUAAAAAAGAUGAAGAAAAAUCUAAAAAAGAGGAGGACACAAGAAGAAAGGAUGAUAAAUAUAAAAGAUCAGAAAAUGAUAAGUGGAGAGAGAAAACAGACCAUGAACGUGUGAAAGACAGAAGGGAAAAGUCAAAAGAUAAUUCUCAUGAUAAGUCUGAAAAAAAAUUAGAAAGAGAAUGGAAGAUUGAUAAGUUUGACGAUAAAAAAGAAUUGAAAGAGAAAUUUUAUGAAAAGUCUUAUAGAGAUGAGAAAAAUCACAGAGAUAAACAUAAACACAAACAUAGAGAGAAUAAAGACCAUAAAAGUGAAAAAGAUAAGUUUCAAGAAAAACACACUCAUGUUCAUCAUUCUCGUGAAAGAGAACAUUCUAAACAGAAAGAUCGAAAAAGUAAAAAGACCGAUAUUGAUAAAAAAGAAAUUCGGAAAGAAAAAUCAGAGAAAUCCAUAGAUAAGAAAGGAAAUAAACAUGAAAAAAGACAUGACGAUGAAGGUCAUCUUUAUUACGAUCAUAGAAGAAAGGAUGGACUACCUUAUCCCGAAGUUACAGCAAUUGAAUCUAAAGAAAUAUAUGCAAAAGGUGAUAGUAUAAUCAUUAAUGUUAAUUUUAAUAGAAAUACAGACCAUGAUCAAAUUAAUGUAGAUGACAUCAAAAAUAUUCAAAAGGAUGUUAAAAAGACAAAGUUAAAAGAUAAAUAUUCAAUUGAUCAAAGAGCUGAUAAGUUAGAUAGCAAGCAUGGUAAGCAGAAACAUUUUUCAGAUUUAGAAGAAAGUGAAAUGAGUUUUAUGAAACAUCAAAAAAAUUAUGAAAGAAAGAAAUCAACAGAAAAAGUUCAUGUGGGAGAAAUGUUAUGGAAAGAAACUGAAGAGAAUAUACAAGCUCAAGAUAUCAGUAAGUGUAAUACUGAUUGUGAUGAUAGUAAUAAUUUAGAUAAUUUUGAAGGAAAUGGUUCUCCCAUUAGUGAUAUAUCUGAUCAAGAUCUGGAGAAAGAAUCAGAAUUAUGCAAUGAUGUAUUGUCACCAUACAAUGAUAAAAAUAUGUCUGCUAGUCCAGCAGUUUCAUAUGAAUCUCCGAAACAAAGAUCUCCUCUAUUUCCUUCUCCUCCAUCUCCAACUGAAAAUGAUAGUUAUGAUCCAUGUGUUCCUACCAGAAGUCCAUUUCUGCAACAAGAUUCUCCAUCCAUAAUAAAUAACUAUUCUGCUGAUAACAAACCUAAACCUCCACCUUCUCCUGAAUUACCACCACUUCCUCUUGAACCAGAACCAAUGGAUCAUUCACCUCAAGAUAAAGAUUCUAAAUUGAGUUGUUUAAUAGAUAAAGCAAACAUUAAAGAUAUGAAUUCUUCAGAUAUAAUUCCAGUUGCUACUCCAGUAUCCUGUAGUUCAUUAUGCCCUUCUCAAACACCUCAAUUUACAUUACCAAAUGUUAAAAUUCCACCUCCAAACUAUAUUCCUCAGUCGUCUAAUCUUGCAUCUAAUUCUACUGUACAUUCUCUCCUACCUAAUAUUCAAAAUUGGAAUGUUGGAAAUACUCACGUAUAUUCUCAUAAUAAUCAACCACUUAUGCAAGGAAAUUUUAUUCCACCACAUUUAUCUCAAGGAAAUGUUGUGCCUGCUGGUACAAUAAUUCCACCAUCUAUGAAUAGACUUGUUCCGGCUCAACAUGUACAUUCAACCAGUCAGGUUAUGACUCAAUUUAUGCCAACAAUUCCCAAUAUUCGAGUACCACCACCCAUUAAUGCACAAAUUGCAGUAAAUCUUAAUCAGCAGUCACAUUUGAUUCAUCCAUUCCUUCCAAAUCAAGUACACCUUUCUGAAGGACAGCUACCACCAAGUGUAUCAUCUAGUGCUAAAAAAUCAACACCUGAUGUCACAGAAGUUGUCGAUAUGGAAGUAGAUUCACCAUAUAAUUCUCCCACUGUGAUCAAAACUAAUUUACAGCCUUCUCCUACAAAAAACAAAUUUGAUAUGCUAGCAUCUAGUUCUAAAACUCGUUCUCAGUUGCCAUCAGCUGAGAAAAGACAUCAUGAUAAAAUGAAAAUUUUAACUGAAAAAGUCAAGCAAUCUCAUUUGCUUUCUAAAACUGUUAUUAAUGCUUUAGAUAGAAUAAAUAAAAAAAUAGCAAAUAAGUUAGAAGCAUCUGGGAGCAAUGCCAAACGAUCUAAACUGGUUAACAGAUCUGAAACUACGAAAGUUAGGCAUAGUAGAUUAGAAACAACUAAAUCAAGUGCUCCCCCCAAGAAAGAUUCGAAAUCAUCUGAGAAGAAAGAAAUAAUGAUCAGAAUGGAUGAGUCACAAUUGACUAUACUUGAAGAUUUGCCUAGUAGUGCUGUAGAGAUGCAAGUUAAAGAAAAAUUUUUAAAGAAAUUAAACCGACAGGAAAGAGUUGUUGAAGAAGUAAAACUUGCUUUGAAACCUUAUUAUAGCAGGCGAGAAAUAGAUAAAGAAGAAUAUAAAGAAAUAAUGAGAAAAUCAGUACCAAAGGUUUGUCAUAACAGAUCUGGUGAUAUAAAUCCUGUAAAAAUUAAAACAUUAAUUGAGGGAUACAUAAAGAAAUUCAAACAUCAGCAGAAGAAGAGUGGAAAACUGCAGAAAACAAAGAUAUCGUGAUUUUUCUAAUUUGUUUUUCGUUUUUUAGUCGCGUAUAAUUCUGGCAAGACGCCUGUCCUGGGUUCGACCGCCCGCCCAGGAAUCAGUUUUUCCAAAACACUUGACAUCAAGUUAUUGUCAUUCUUGAAAGGACAGUUACUCAAAAUGAGAUUCUAUACUACUAUUACGUUAAGUAGAAAUCAAUGUAUAAAAAAAACAAGGGGAAUGAAGAUUUAUGGAUAAUCAAGAUGUGUAAAAUAAUCGUGGUGUUGUAUUUUAUCUAUAACAUAGUUUAGAAUUGUGCAAACCUUUUUUUUGGUCUCACUAUUGUGAUUAAAAGUAUCUAUCAAUCAAUCUAUUUAAAUUCCAGUUGCACAAGACAGGAAUGCUCUGGCUUUUACUUAAGAAGUAUUGUAAAGAAAAAUAGUGAAUAAAGUUAAAUUUAUUUUUUUGGUA